ACUUGUCAUGCUGUUCACUGAACCAGAGGAAGAGAGGAGAGAGUGAGCGGGAUUCUUACGUUAUGGAGGGGAGAGAGAGAGAGAGAGAGAGCGUCAGUGGAAUGCUUACUUUGCACGCCUUGACUGAUUGAUUGUCACCUUCCUCCAUUAUCGUUCCCGUGUCAAGCUCGUGGAAGGAGAGAGAGAGGGAGAGAGGAAAGGGGGCGGGGGAGAAUGGAGGGAGGGAAGUGGUGGAGGAGUCGAUGGCGAGAGGUGGUGGUUCUUCUCUUAGGGUUGGCUCUCUCCGGGGCCGAGGGAUCGAUACACGAGUACAACGGAGGCACGUUCACACCCCAGAUGAACGCCUUCUUCUUCCACGGCGGAAGCGAGGGUAUCUACGCUUCCAAGGGCGGCAACUCCUCCAACGGCAAAUCCUUCAUCCAAUUUGAGUCUAUCACGUUUAGGAGAACAAAGAACGCUGCUGCACGACAUACGGAGAUGGAACAGAGGACUGGUCGGAUUGAGGCAAUAAUUGUUGAAAUAAAAGACAGGGAGAAAAUUGGUGGUGCUUAUCUUAACUCAGAUGCAAUAUGUUGUACCACAGAGCUUUCUAAGGAUGGAUCUUGUAAAAGAGGAGAGGUGAUCGUUCGUAGAAAUCCCGAUAACCGAGAAUGGCCAAAACGCAUUCCAACGUUUUUCUCAGGAGCAGAUGACGAAGCUAAGAUGGCAACAGAAACUGUAGAGAUAGACCACACUGGCAUGUAUUAUUUGUAUUUUAUGUUUUGUGAGCCACAACUCCAGGGAACUGUAAUUCAUGGGAAAACCAUUUGGAGAAACCCAACUGGUUAUCUUCCAGGGAAGAUGGUGCCACUUAUGUCCUUCUACAGCUUCAUGUCCUUAGCAUAUCUUAUCCUUGGUUUGAUUUGGUUUCUACAGUUUGUUCGAUUCUGGAAAGACAUAUUGCAGCUCCAGUAUUAUAUCACUGUUGUUAUUGCACUUGGUAUGUUUGAGAUGGCACUAUGGUACUUUGAAUAUGCAAAUUUUAACUCUACUGGGAUCAGACCAAUAGGCAUCACAGUUUGGGCUGUUACUUUUACUGCUGUCAAGAAGACUGUGUCUCGCCUUCUUCUUCUUGUGGUGUCCAUGGGAUAUGGUGUAGUUCGGCCAACAUUGGGUGGGAUAACUUCUCGUGUCUCCCUUCUUGGAUUUAUAUACUUUGUGGCAUCCGAGACACUUGAGCUCAUUGAAAAUGUAGGUAAUAUAGAUGAUUUCUCAAAAAAAGUUAGGCUGUUCCUUGUGCUCCCUGUCGCAGUUUUAGAUGCAUGCUUCAUCCUCUGGAUAUUCUCUUCACUAUCAAGGACUUUAGAAAAGCUUCAGAUGAGGAGAAGCAUGGCAAAGCUUGAACUGUAUAGGAAAUUCACCAACAGCCUAGCUAUAUCAGUGUUGCUAUCUAUUGUUUGGAUCGGAUAUGAGUUGUACUUCAAUGCAUCGGAUCCACUGAGCGAGCUCUGGGAAAGGGCGUGGUUGAUCCCUGCUUUUUGGAGUGUGCUUGCCUACUUAUUGCUUCUUGUCAUCUGCAUUCUUUGGUCUCCUUCUCAGAACCCUACCAGGUAUGCAUAUUCAGAAGAGACAGGAGAUGACUUUGAUGAUGAAGAAAGUGUUGCAUUAACUAGUAGUGCUUCAAAAGCUUCGGGAGAUUUAGAGAGCAGGGCGGAGAGGAAGGAAAGAAGACCAGCAGGUCCAGAACAUGUGUUUGGGCCAGGAGAGGACCUUGAGGAGGAUAAGGUUGCAUAAUAAUUUCUAGUAUAUUUAUGAUGGCGAUCUCUUUCAAUGAUUCAUCUUCUGAAGAAGGAAAACAGAAAAGCGGGAAAAUGGAAGUACAAAUGGCAUCUCUGCCUUGCUUGAUAAAGACCAGGCUGAUGUCAUGCCUGAUGAGUAUCCAUGUGAAUAUUAUCAAAUGCACUGAUGCUUGCAACAACAUGUUACAGGGCUUUCUGGAAGCCAGAUUACAUUGUUGUCCUGUGCAUCUGUCAACUGUACUGACUCUGGUGUAAAACAAAAAUGAAAAUGUGUACUGUUUUCUA